AUGGAGGAGCUGGAAGAAGACGGUCUGAAGAACCCAACUCCAAGCGACUCCGCCCCAACUCCGCCCGAAACCAUUGCGGAUAUUGUGCGCUCCUACAAGGACACCCGGGGGAUUGUUAUGACGACGGGAUACUGGCAUUUCCGGUUCGCCUUCCACGCCAUCCAUGUGAUCCGCACCAUCCUCAAGUCCGAGCUCCCGAUCGAGAUCUUCUACGUUGGCCAGCAGGAUCUCGGCGAGCUGCAGAUCUCUCUCUUGCAGCAGAUCCCCAGGGUCAAGGUGAUCGACAUGUCGCGGCUGAUAGAUGUGCACGAGCCCGCCGUGACGGGCUGGGCGGCCAAGCCAUAUGCCCUGCUGCUGUCAUCCUUUGCCGAAGCCAUCUUUGUGGACGCCGACGCUCUGUUCUUCCAGGACCCGGUCGUACUCUUCGAGCAAGACGCAUACAAGUCCACGGGCGUGCUUCUGUUCCGCGACCGCACAAUCACACCGUUUUCAGACGAGCCGCUCAAGUACUUCAAGAGCGUUGUCCCGGAGCCAUCCGACUAUGCGGCUGCCGGCCGGCUCGUGCGCGGCUUGAGCCAGCACGACGGCGAGUCCGGAGUCAUUGUCAUGAACAAGAUCGACGGGUUCUUUACGCUCCUGCUGGUGUGCAAGAUGAACUCGGUUGACUUUCGUCAGGAUCUCUGGAGGAUCUAUCAUGGCGACAAAGAGACAUGGUGGAUAGCCCACGAGCUCCGCAAGCAGCCCUAUGCCUUCAACCAUCCCGCUGGCGGCGCCGUAGGCUACCCACACCCGACCAAGCCGCAGUGGGUUUGCGGCGGGCUCCAUCAUCCGGACCAGGAUGGCAACCCUCUUUGGUUCAACGGCGGCAUCAUCGCCAACAAGUACACCCACGGCGGCCACAACACCCUGAAUCUCACUGUUUGGGCGACGGACUAUUCAUAUCAGGAUGUAGAGUGGGAAUGGGAGACGGAGACAUCGCCGUUCUGCAUGAAGCCCGCCCAGCCCAGCUACCGAGGACAGCUGAAGCCUCGGGAGCUGGAGAUUGCGAGAAAGAUGGCCCAGAGCUGGACGAUCCUCGAAGAUCAGAUCAUGAAUGCAUAG